AUGUAUUCCCAAGCGUCCUACCUUCUUCUCCUAUUAUAUGGAUGCACCAAUCUUGCUAUGGCGGUUCCGCCAAAAAGGAAGGAUGUUGUUGAUCUUCCCGUUGAAGUUGGCUCCCCGCCUUCUCCCGAAUAUGCCCUCAUGCUUCCCGGAAAUCAAAACUUCAGGCGCCUUUUCGAACAUGAUCCCCCUCAAUACAGUCAAGACCUUUGGCUCGUUGUUCCUCAAACUAUGGAUGUAAUUCAUACCCAGGGAGGUGUUCUACCUCAAGGCACAACGGAAACAAGCAUUUAUCAACAUAUGCAUGGAAAUACAAAUAGCGUCUAUGUUACGGCAUAUGAAUCUAUCCAUGCGGCUCGAAUGGCAUACGCUAGCGUUGCAGGAACUGGCGUUGCAGGAACUCUACUCUGCAUCAAUCAAGCGGAAAAUACCAUCGAACUAGCAGGAUCGCUUCCUCCUGAAGAAUUGCGGGAUAACAUACGGCGGGUUACUGGAGAUCCUCGUCCAGAUAGUGAAAUAAAAUUCGUCAAAAAUAAGAACUACGACUCGCACUACUACAAAAAUCAACAUCAACGCUACUACAGUACCGCGCGUCCGCGCCUAGCCGGUCUUCCACUCAACCAUCCAGAAUUUGCCAACGUUCAAUCCGGGUUCUCUAAUGAAUUAGAGUGCGAUAAAGAGGCUCGUGCGUUUAUGGAUAUAAUCGCAGAAGCUGUCGGGUGGCGGAAGGAGUGGCCGUUGGUUCUGCCCCCUGGGGAAGCUGCUGUUGCUACCGAAGCUAUCAAUCGUGCCAGUAAUCUGGUAACCACCUGCAAAAAAUGGACAUUAUGGGCUGAAGGAGAAGAAAACUUGGCAAUAAUCCGCGGAACAUUAUCAGAAGCUAACUAUCAUUUGUCCACCAUCAGCUCCAAUGUAGCCAAGCUUGGCCAAAUUAUCCGACAUUCUGGUUCUCUCCCUCGUUCUACAUUCAAUUCACCGUGGUGGCAUUUUAUCCACUCUUCAAAGGAUGUCGCUGAUAUCCAAGCGAAAGCUUUCUUGGUCGAGGCUGCCCAGCUUAACCAGAAAAUUUCAACCUAUUGCAGGAAUAUAGCAACAAGCGACCCAUUGGAUAGUACGCUUAUAAAAGAGUUAAAGGAUACUGCUGCUCGAAUAGAAGAUAUAGAGAAAAGGAUGCGAAUAAAGCUAAAAGCGAACGAAAAGCGACGAUCGGAAAUUAUCGAGGCCAAAAAGGCAGGGGUAGGAUCAACACAAUUUCUGGAUAUAAAACCCAACGUCUGGCUAGGAAUACGAUAUGAGAAAAAGAGUGAAGCAAUCGAACGGGACAUACACUUACUAGACGAAUUAAUACUCCUCCAGACGCCCUAUUACAAGGACCUUAUAGGUAUAGUUAGUUCUGCUAAUAAAGCUGUGUUUGAGCUAGAGGCGAAGAACCAGGAAAGGACAAAAAUGAAGCAGAAAACGAAGGAUAUAAUAGAAAACGAGAAAGCAGAAGCAGAAGAGGAAAUAGGAACCAUCCUAAAGGACGUAUUAGAGGCUGAAAAGAGAAAGAAUACUGCAUUAGAGCAGGCACAAAUAAUCAAGGACAACCCAAACCUCAGCACUUGGUUUAGGGAAACUCUUUCGAAUUUAGGAAAAUGGGUAUCUAACAAGCUAGGUGAUGCAGAUACAGCGAUUGCAUUGGCCGGUACAGCGACAGCAGGUGCCGGUGUUGGUGGUAAGGUUGCUGCAGGUGCCCUAAAGGCUAGUGCAGGCGUGGGAAGUUCGACAUCCAGGCUUGGAAGCACUGCAGCCAAGAAUAUUAAAACCAUGGAGAAUGUGGAAAUAGGCAAUACAGCUAAGGCCAAGGGCAAUAGCCAGGUAACUGCCGAAUCCGAGCAAGUCAAUAUUGGUAAUUUGGAGAGCUUGCUUGAUAGUUCGGCCGUCAAUAGUCCGGUCGGAAAUACUCCAGUCGGUGGUUUGUUCAAUGAUGUAUUCGAGACGAUCGAAGCUGGGCCGAUAUCCGACGCGCUCCUCGAGCAACUGCAAAACCUACCAGUGGCAAGUGGAAACCCAGCGCUACAGGCGGAAAGUUCAAGCCUAGCCCAGUCGAUGUCAGGAAGCCUAGCCAAUGCGGCGCGGGGAGGAGGAAGGACCCUGGUGCAGACGGCCAGGGCUACGCCGUCGAAGAUCAAAGCUAAACUGCCUGGCAACAAAUACGAACGGUUAGCUGAGAAGCGUCGACGUAGCAUCGUCAGGCGGGACAAUGGUCAAACUGGCAAUCAAGAGUUGCAAAAUAUGCUUGAUCAUGAUUCGGCUGCUCUAGCUAUACGAGCCGUAACAAGGGCCAUGUUGGUCGGCAUUCAACUUGCUUCGGAGAAAAUGGGAUCAACUGUUUCUUCAACUGCAAACUAG